CCGCACACACACACAAGUGAACUUGGCCACCAUGUCGGCACACGUUUGUGUCUUCCUGCACAGUUUUUCGUUUCCCUGCAGGGACUCUUGUGAUAAUUCCGGAAUGUUGUGAGGAUACCAAAAAUGUUUUGGAAAGACAUCGACCGAACAUCUCGCUGCGGGGGAAACAUCUUGUUCCGGACGGAAACAAGACUUGUUCAUCCUCUCUCUUGCCGUGAUCUCCCGGCGCUAAACUUCACCAUGCGAGGACGGAGCCCGGUCUCUCAAAGUCAGAAGCGGGGACGUGACUGCGCCUCCUCCUCUGACUGCCAUCCCCUCGCAAGGUUCCUCCUGGUGCUCCUGACCUCGCUGUGUGUGCUCCCGCGCCCGGGCCGGGGGGCCCUGUUUCGGGUCGGGGUGGUGGGCCCCUGGGAGUGUGACCCCAUCUUCGCCAAGGCCCUGCCCGACGUGGCGGCCCAGCUGGCUGUAAACCACAUCAACAAGGACCCCUCGCUGUCCUACGCUGCCACUUUUGACUACGUCGUGUUGCACGAGCCGUGUGAGACCUCGAGAGCUCUGGAGAAGUUUUUGGCUUUCCACACCAAAGCCUCAGCUUACAUCGGACCAGCCAACCCGGGAUACUGCGAUGCUGCCUCAAUGCUGAGCAAGGGCUGGAACAAAGCUUUGUUUGCAUGGGGCUGCGUGGGCUACGAUUUGGACCGCGUCCGGAGCCACCCGACCUUCGCCCGCUCCAUGCCCAGGCCCACCUGGGUGCUGUUACGGAUGAUGAGAUACUUCAGGUGGGCACACGUCGGCAUCAUCGCCGCCUCGGACGACAUCUGGGUGGAGACGGCGACCAAGGUGGCCGACUCCCUCCGGGCCCACGCUCUGCCUGUGAGACUGGUGAGCAUUAUGAAGAACACGCCUCACGGCAUCAUGAGGACUCUGGCUAAAGUUCGCAAGAUGAGAGAAAUCCGAGUGCUGAUCCUCUGCAUGCACUCGGCGCUGAUUGGCGGCGAGCUUCAGAAGCUGCUGUUGGAGACGGCGCACGACAUGCAGAUGAUUGACGGCUCCCUGGUGUUCGUGCCGUAUGACGCGCUUCUCUAUAGCCUGCCGUACCGUAACGUGAGCCAUCCGGCCCUGAGGAGCAACCGCAAACUGCAGCGGGCCUACGACGCCGUGCUCACCGUCACAGUCGACUCGCCCCGGGCGUCGUUCACGGAGGCCUACGGGAAGGCCGUGGAGAAGGGAGAGCUGGCCGCGACGCUCAAACCCCAGCAGGUGUCUCCCCUCUUUGGCACCAUCUACAGCUCCGUGGUAUUCGUUGCUCACGCCGUGCAGCGGGUUCGACUUUCCAAGGAGUGGCUGUCCGGUGGGAAUGUAGCGCAACAAGUGCGCAACCACAACUUUGAGGGCUUCAGCCAUCCCAUGAAAUCAGAUGAUUCCGGAAGCGUUUUAUUGGAUUAUAUCAUACUCGACACAGACGGACACUCCUCUGAGCUAAUGCCGACACACAGGCUCGACACGGAGUCCGACUCGGUGCGCUUCCUGGGUCGAGACGUUCACUUUCCUCGCGGCUCCGGACCUGGACGGGACGCCCAGUGCUGGUUCACUCCAGGUGUCAUCUGCUCAGCGGGUGUGGAUCUUUUUUCUACCGUUAGCGUUGUGCUCGGCAGCAUUGGCACCUGUGUGCUGACCGCGGUGCUGAUUUACUUUGUGCGGCGACGUGUCAACCAGAUCCAGCUGGUCAGGGGCCCGAACAAGAUCCUGCUGACACUAGCGGAUGUCACCUUUAUCAACCCAUCGCUUAGCAACAAGAAGCUGAGCCUGGACGACAGCCGGGCCAGCGGGACGAAGAGCGUGUCGGAAAGCAGCGUCAUGUCGCCCGCCUCCACCAGAUCACCCGCCACGUACGACAACUCCAACGUCGUCAUUUACCAGGGGGACUGGGCAUGGCUCAAGAGACUUCCCUCUGGCUCGUUUAGCAGCAUCAACCCCAAAACGAGUGACUUGUUUGAGCUGAUGAAGGACAUGCGACACGAGAACGUCAACCCUUUCCUGGGCUUCUUCCUCGACUGCGGCGUGUUUGCCAUCGUGACCGAGUUUUGCUCCAGGGGGAGCCUGGAAGAUCUGCUCCUGAACGACGACGUCAAGCUGGACUGGAUGUUCAAGUCCUCCCUGCUGCUGGAUUUGAUCAAGGGUAUGAAGUACCUCCACCACUGCGGCGUGCCUCACUCCCAUCUGAAGUCUCGGAACUGUGUGGUGGACGGGCGCUUCGUGUUGAAGAUCACGGACUACGGUUACAAUGAGGUUUUGGAUGCUCAGAGGUUCCCCUACAUGGAACCACCCGCCGAUGAGUUACUGUGGACGGCUCCGGAGCUCCUGAGAGGCCCUCAGCCAGGCCUCCGCGGGACGCUGCCCGGUGACGUGUAUAGCUUCGCCAUCAUCACGCAGGAGGUGGUGAUCCGAGGGCCUCCCUUUUGCACGCUGGAUCUGUCGGCCGCAGAAGUGAUCGAGAAGCUGCGCAAACCGCCUCCUCUGUGUCGCCCGCUGGUUAGUUUGGACUGCGCGCCGUUAGAGUGCAUCCAACUGAUGAAGCAAUGCUGGAACGAACAGAUGGAAAAGAGACCCACGUUCGAGGAGAUAUUUGACAAGUUCAAGGACAUCAACAAGGGCAAGAAGACCAACAUCAUCGACUCCAUGCUGCGGAUGCUAGAGCAGUACUCGUCCAACCUGGAGGAGCUGAUCCGAGAGCGAACCGAGGAACUGGAGAUCGAGAAGCAGAAGACGGAGAAGCUCUUAACGCAGAUGUUGCCUCCCUCCGUGGCAGAGGCCUUGAAGGUGGGCGGUACUGUGGUGCCCGAGUAUUUCGACAGCGUGUCUCUCUAUUUCAGCGACAUCGUGGGCUUCACCACCAUCUCGGCCGCCAGCGAGCCAAUCGAGGUGGUCGACCUGCUCAACAGCCUCUACACCCUCUUCGACGCCAUCAUCGGCAACCACGACGUUUACAAGGUGGAGACUAUCGGCGAUGCCUACAUGGUGGCGUCGGGCGUCCCGGUCCCCAACGGCAAGCGGCACGUGGCGGAGAUUGCCAACAUGUCCCUCGACAUCCUGAGCGCGGUGGGAACCUUCAAGAUGAGGCACAUGCCAGAUGUUCCCGUCAGGAUCCGCAUUGGGCUGCACACAGGUCCAUGCGUCACAGGAGUUGUGGGCCUCACAAUGCCACGCUAUUGUUUAUUCGGUGACACGGUGACCACCGCCUCUCGCAUGGAGUCCAGCGGGCUACCCUACAGGAUCCAUGUGCACCAGAACACAGUCAAAGUCCUGCGUGAGCUCAACCUGGGCUACAAGCUGGAGUUGAGGGGAAGAAUGGAAGUGAAGGGGAAAGGAACAGAAGAGACCUACUGGCUUGUCGGGAGGGACGGAUUUACCAAACCUCUUCCUGUACCCCCGGAGCUCAAAUCGGGCAUGGCCACCAGAGAGCCAAAGGACCUGAGGCAGGUGUUCUACAAGGCCGUGAGGAAGAUCUCGCACAUCCGCGUCGUCACACAACUCUACGAGGAUGACAGCGUCAUGAUGUCACAUCGCUGAGCGUGUGACCGAGGUCGGAUUCUCGGUUUCUCUGUGAACCCUGAGGACGGUCGCAGGGGUGGAAAGUCGGGAUUAACGUCAGAUGAAUCGAGGAGAUGGAGUCUUGUCGGCGGCUAUGAAUAGAACAAGAGCGACUCAGCAAAGCGGGGAUCUGCAGACGCGCUGUCAGCGACUGAUGAAUGCAGAUUAUCCCCUCGGUUCUUCUUCACGCUCCUUUUCCUUUUAUCUGGCAAACAAGGCAGACAAGAGGGAAAAGAUUGGAUUUUAAGAUCCGUCGUAGUGUUAAAAAUGAUCUGGCUUUGCCUCUUUGAAAGGGACUAGAUGUGACUAAACACAAGCCAAGUCAGAAAAAAAAAUAAUGUUGGAGUACAGCGCCUUCUAGUGGUGAAACCCGAAAAUAAACAAUUUGUUCAAGUUGCACAUUUA